CCUGAGACUAGGAGACCAGUUGCUCAGCUGAGUGAGUCGCUGCAGAACAUUGCAAAUUGCUGGCGUUUUGUGCCUAUUUGAUGAAAUAUGGAAGUGACAGCUGGUAUUUUACACGUACUGCCUAAUGGGAAGUUGUCUGUUAUUAAUUACAGAUCGGUAAGAGUAUGCAGUACCAUACACUUGACAUAAUUUAGGAGCACAUUCUCAGGACAAUUUGCUUGACCAGAUAUACGAGAUUUUCAUGUUAAACUGAUUGUUAAGAUGCCAUUUUAGUGUCAUGUCCUAGUUAGCACCGUACACAUUAUUGCAACGUCUUUCGUUUUAUAGAACAUUUCUGUAAGACGAAUAGAUCUUCUCAUGAAGAACUUCCAGUGAAACCAAACGUUUUGAACAGAAUGUUAAUUAUACACGGUGCAGUGGGCUCCGAGGCCGUAGUGUUUUCAGAGAGAGGAACAUUUAGCCGAAUUCGGUGAUGCACAGAAGAAGAAAGAGUGAAAGAGAUAGAUGAUGAGAUCGACCCGUGCUUUGAAAACUAGUAGCUAAGUAGACAUGGCCACAUACUGCCCUGAAGACGUAUCUUCUAGAGAACUUUCUUGUCCUAUAUGCUUUGAAGACUAUGACAUCCAUGACAAUGCCAGGGCUCCAAAGCUGCUCUUGUGUCUCCACACCUUCUGCUUUGAGUGCACAAGGAAGCUGUGGCAGGAAGAUGGCACUCUGGAGUGUUCUUUGUGCCGCAUGGUUCAUGAACAAGUCAGCUUGGAUGACCUGUUUGACAACCAUGUGAUAGUCCAGUACUUGAGG